AUGGCUGGCAAUAGUUCACCAGACUAUAAAGCUCUCUUCCUGAAGGAGGCAGAGCUGCGAAAACAAGCGGAAGAUCAGCAUAAGCAGGAAAAGCGCCGCAACCAGCACACCACCUUUACUGAAUUUAUCCGUGCCUGCCACAGCCUUCUCUCGCCAUCCUUGAAAGUCGAAACCCCAUCUCGGUCCACACGAGGAACAAUACCUCCACCAUCUGGGAAAUACUGUCCAACGCGGCUCCGCUUAUGGGAGGACUGUCCAGCCAGGCAGCAGGCAAUCUACGACGCGGUUCGCGGUUAUCUGCAGCCACCAGCAAAAGACGCAUCUCGCCUAUUUUCACCCUUGGUGGAGCUGGAGGGCCUUGCUCGUCGGUUUGAUCGUCGACCGCUCAGCAGUGAGCAAGAUUUGGAAAGCUAUGAACGAUUUGCCGUGGAAGACCACGUCCAUGAUGUGAUUGCGGAGCUAUGCAAAAUACCUGAGGCUCGGCAGCGCUUUCGACUGGGCAACGGAGUCCGUUUCGACAACCACGCGAACGCCCUAGAUGAAGCCGAAGUUGAUCUACCGGAAGACAAACCAGCUAAUCCACACCGGUCCCGGCCUGACCAGUUCUGUAUUCAUCGAAUCGACGACAAUAACACUACCCUCCUCACCACGGUCGAGUAUAAACCGCCUCAUAAGCUCUCCGUCGAAAAUCUACGAGUUGGACUUCGGCCGAUGGGUUUUUGGGAAGCAGUGGUAAAGCCAGACAGCAUCCCGGUAGACGAGGCAGCGAGGUUGAAACACAAUGCAGAGCGCUUAGUGGGUGCAGCGCUGGUUCAGGAAUACCAUGUGAUGAUUCAAGAAGGCCUUGGAAUGUCCUACCUAACAAAUGGGCUAGCCCAGGUUCUCCUCCAUAUCCCAUACGAUGAUCCGAGUACCCUCUGCUACUACCUCUGUGAGCCCAACAUGGAUGUGAAUGCAGAGGACGACCAGAGUUUCCAGCAACCUACCACCGCCAUUGCGAGGGUGUUGUGCCUUUGCUUAAUGAGCUUCAGUUCACCUGUGCGGGACCAGGAGUGGCGAAACCGCGCACGGGCGGGAUUGCAUAUAUGGAAGACAAGUUUUGACCAUACACGCGCCCAGAUCCCUGAAGAAGAACUCCAAAGAACGCCUCCGAAUUCUGGAUAUACAGGCUCCCAGGCUACAAGUUCCGAUUAUGCCAGCUCUGAGUAUCUACCGUCAUCACCUCUGGAUUCCCACCCGGGAACAGGCCGUCGCCUCUCCACUCGGUCCCGGCCAGGUUGUUCGCCGUCGGAUACAGUGAACCGAAGCCAACGUGAAGAUUCACCAGACCCCGAUCCAAAUCAAGGAGCACCAGCACGAAAGCGAGGCAUCAGCCAGGUCGCAUCCUCUCCACCUACGCAGCGGUCAACACGCCAAUCUACUAAUGAUUCCGGCAGAGGCCAACGUCAGCACCGUAUAGUACCGUUUUGCACACAACGGUGUCUGCUCGGGCUUCAGCGGGAUGCUCCAUUGGACGCAAACUGCCCAAAUGUAGCACUGCACCGACAAGGCCAAAAUGGCAACCGGCACCUUGUCACUGCCGGGCACCUAGUACAUCUCCUCAAGCGUCAGCUGGAUGAAGACCUCGACCAUAAUUGCACGCCGUUCGGUAGCUGCGGCGCAUACGGGGCGCCCUUCAAGAUCACUUGUGCUACAUACGGUUACACCAUAGUCGGAAAGGGAACGACCUCGCGCCUCUGGAAGGAGGUGUCUCGUGAGGCUGACAUCUACCACGUCCUUCGAAAAGCGCAGGGCUCUGCGGUUCCUGUUUUCCUUGGAGCAAUCGAUCUUGCAAAAAUUUAUUUCCUGCAUGGAGCUGGAGAGAUCCGACACAUGUUAUUCAUGGCAUGGGGCGGGGAGAGCACAAGCAGGCUCAAGCAUGGACCGGCCAUGUGGCGUGAGAUUUCGAGGUCAAAAAACGAAAUCCGUGCCUUGGGGGUUGUGCAUCAAGACCUCCGGCCGGAUAAUAUUCUCUGGAAUUCUGAACUGGGGCGAGCCCUGAUCAUUGACUUCCACCGCUCCACUCUGGAUCGUCGACCAGGGGGAAAGCGCAUGACCGGCAUCAAGAGAUCGCUGUUUAGUAGUGAAGCGAGGGAUUCGAAGCGAUUGCGUGUAAAAUAA